AUGGUUUCCAUAAUGGAUUCACGUCCAAACAAAAAUCAAGAUUUCGCUUCUAAUCAAGAUAAAUGCCCUAAAUUAUAUUCGUGUGAUUUUGACCACAUGUAUGCGAGUGUUAAUGAUGUUUCUUGCGGUGGUAAUCAAUUUAAGGAUACAGAAACAAAACAAUUAAAAGAACUUUUGUUAUUGAAUUUAGAUUUGAUACAACAACAAUCAGAGCAAAUUGUCACUAAGGAUAAACAAAUAGCUGAAUUGAAACAAGAUUACGAAACGUUGAAAUUAAGAUUUGAAAGAAUGGAAAGAAGAGUCACUCUUAAAAGACAUAAGGGAAGUUCUACUGAAAAGUCUGAAGCAAGCAUCGCAUCUCAGGUAAAUUCAAACAGCACAACAAUAGUACAAAGUGACAUGGAUAAAAAGUCACCGCUUAUGGUUACUGCAAAAGAUGAAGUUGAACCUGGAAAAGACACAUUGGAAAUAUUAAAUUCGAGAAAGCAAGUGUAUAAAAGAAAUAGUCAAGAAGGUGACUCGAGUAAAAGGAGAAGAGUUAGCACCGGGUCUGGAACUUUGAAAAGUGUGUCCUCUUGUAAUAAAAAGAAAAGAACUACUAGUUUGUGUUCUGAUAAGAACACAAAAAACUCUGGUGUCAUGUCAGAAAUAAGUUAUGGUGAAACUGAUAAAAAAACUAUUAAAGAAAUAUUAAAACUAAAGACUGAUUCCACUUAUUAUACAAUAAUCGGUGAAAGUGAUAGUUGCUGGUCGACUGGAGAAGUGGAAAAUUUUAAAGAAGAAGAACAAGUUCAAGUACCCACAUGGAGAGAAAAACCAGUUGCUCCCUGUUAUGUCAUGGAGGGUACAGAAAAUUUGGGUGAUGAUGUUUUUAGUAAAAGACAUCAAAGGCUUGAAAUCGAUGAAAGAAGAAGGAAAAGAUGGGACAUUCAAAGAAUAAGAGAACAAAAUCAUGUUGAUAAGCUCAAACAAAAAUUAAACAAACAUCAAAACACACAAUCAUCAUCAGAACAUCCUCUGUCAUCGUUUUUCCCAUCGAUUGAUGAUCUUGAAGAAAUAUCAAUCGAAGAUGGACUUCCCGUUUUAGCAUUCGGUUUAGAAAUACCUUUUUUCGAAACCAGUGAAUUUAGUUUACCAUGGAGUUUACAUUUGCAAAAAAAACAAAAACUUUCAUCAGCAAGCUAG